CUGCGUAAUAUCCAUUCUGUUGAGAAGAACCAAGCUGCGCUUGGGAGCGACUUCGUUGCAUUUGAGGACGCAGAGGCUGUUCUGAAAAUUCAUUCUGCUGCGCUUGAGGACGAAGAGGCUGUUGUGGAAAUCCAUACUGCUGCGCUUGGGUAUGACUUGGCUGCGUUUGAGGACGAAGAGGCUGUUGUGGAAAUCCAUACUGCUGCGCUUGGGUAUGACUUGGCUGCGUUUGAGGACGAAAAGGCUGUUGUGGAAAUCCAUACUGCUGCGCUUGAGGGCGAAGAGGCUGUUGUGGAAAUCCGUAUUGCUGCGCUUGUGGACGAACAAACUGCUCUGGAAUUGUAUAUCGCUGCUCCUGGGGACGAACGGGCUGCUGUGGAUAUCCAUAUAGUUGCGCCAAGGAAAGACCUUGAAAGCAAAAUAUCUUUCAAAUGGACAAUUCUCAGAUAUCUUCAUAUGAUGCGAUAA